AUGACCAAAAUCGACUACCUUCAGGAGAUGUUCCAGAGAAAGGACUUUGUUGAUCGCUAUAAGUAUAGCGAGAGACUGACUGGAAUGUAUGCGCAAACCCUGGUCGACUUCUCCAGCGUAGCUCAGCCCGGACAGAAACCAUUGGUGGUCCUGGAUAACGCUUGCGGGCUGGGAGCUGUCUCGAGUGCACUGCAGCACACGUUGGACGACGAGGCAAAGAGAAAUUGCCACUUGACCUGCGGGGAUCUGUCCGAUGGCAUGCUGGAAUAUGCUAAAUUGAGGGCCCAGGAGGAAGGGUGGUCCAAUGCUGACAUAAAGCUGGUGGAUGCGCAGCAGACGGGUCUUCCAGACGCGCAUUAUACGCAUGUUUUUGUCUCAUUUGGCUUCCAGAGCUUCCCAGACCCCGAACCCGCUUUGAAAGAAUGCUUCAGGGUGCUUCAACCAGGAGGUAUCCUUGCCAGUUCCACAUGGCAACAGUUCAAUUGGAUCACCGUCCUAAAGUCCGCCAUCGACACAAUGCCAGGAGACCUCCCGUUCCCAACAUCGGCGGAAUUUCUUGCAUAUCACAAUAUCGGCUGGGAUUCGGAGUCAAAUGUCCAAUACUUGUUUGCGGAAGCGGGGUUUCAAGACGUUAAAGUCGCAGCUGUGCCAAAGCAGCAGUUGUUCCCUAUUGGCGACUUUGUCGAGGUCUGCAAGAUGAUUCUGCCAUUUGUGCUAAGUAAGGUCUGGACUAAGGAGCAGCGAGAGUUAUAUGAGAAGGAUGUCCCGGCGGUGUUGCUUCGGUAUCUGGAAGAGACCUAUGGGAAGGAUGGGCAGGUGUCUCUGGAGGCAGUAGCACUCAUCACGACAGGCUGCAAGCCUUGA